GGUCGCAUGGCAUAGGGAAGAACAGUAAAACCACUUCUCUGUCCUGGAACCCAUGCAUGAAUAUGCAUCUCUAAAGCCAAUGGAGUAUGAUAACAGCGGUGGAAAAAUAAGCACUGUAGUUCAUGGGCUCUUAUGUUUUUUGUUUUGUGAAAUAAGGUGGAUAUUUGUAUUGCAUUUGAACUGGAAUACGAAAUGAUAUAACCAAUCUGCAUAUUUGGAGUUAUAUUUGCUCUUCGGUUUAGUGAUAGUUUUCCAAAGUGGACGCGUAGACUAGCGAAAAACAGGACAGUGCAUCACCGGGACGAUUGUUGGUGCAGAAGUUCUACCGCGAACGGAUGUGAGGGAAGAGUGCACUGAAAAACUCUACCCCCUCUUCUUUCUCUUCUUUCUUUUUGUUAGGCUAAACAAUAGAGUGAGUGAAAGACACUGAAACUGAUUUCAUGCAGUCAGACUUGCAGACCCUGAUAUGGACGUGAGAUUUUAUCCAGCGCACCCGUCAAGUGUGGGUUCUGAUCCAAGUUGUCUUAGCUCGUUGGAAUAUUACCACGCGAACAAGUUUGAUGCGGACAACAUGUACAUGAAUGACAAUAACCAAGACUUUCGAACACCAGGCCAGAACUACUCUGGUCAGGGCAGAGGAAGCGCCAGUGGAGGAGGAGGGGAUGAAGACUAUGAGAUCCCCCCCAUUACACCCCCCAACCACGCUGACCCCUCUCUGCUGCACCUCAUGGAUGCUGAGUCGGGGUACACCUUUCACUCACUUCCCCACAACGGACUGCUCAACCCAUACUCCUAUUCUGAGCUGCCAGCAGCCCUCAUGAUGUCCAACAUGCUGGGCCAAGAUAGCCAUCUUCUCUCGGGGCAUAAUAUGCACUCGAUAGGGGAGAAGCGGUCUUCCUCAGAGAUGACGAAGCCCAAACCCAAACCGCAGAAGAAGAAGAAGAAAAAGGACCCCAAUGAGCCAUCAAAGCCUGUGUCGGCCUACGCACUCUUCUUCAGGGACACCCAGGCAGCCAUCAAGGGCUCCAACCCCAAUGCUACCUUUGGGGAUGUGUCCAAAAUUGUGGCCUCUAUGUGGGACAGCCUGGGAGAGGAGCAGAAACAGGCAUACAAGAGGAAAACCGAAGCAGCCAAGAAAGAGUACCUGAAAGCUCUCGCCACAUACAGAGCCAGUCUGGUUUCCAAGACCUACAACGACCCAGUCGAACCAAAAAGUGCCCAAAGCAGCCAGGCGUCCCACAUGAUGCCCCCUAAGCAGCCCCUGUACAGUGUUCCCCUGCAGCCCUCCUCCUCCUACGGUCUAGGUCCCGGCUCCUUCCCUCUGUCGGACCUGCAGAGCUUCGCGGGUCCACCACGCCACACCCUGGCCCGGACCCUCAGCCAAUCCCAAAUGCUGCCGCCCAGCAUGAGUGCCUCUCCCCCUUCCCCCUUCCAGAUCAGCCCACCCCUCCACCCCUCCCAGCUUGCCCUGCACCAAAGCUCCCUGCGCAUGCAGCAGGUCCAGUCACACUCCAUGGGGCUCCAGGGGUCUCUACACUCACCUCCUCUCAGCCAACAGGGGUUCUCUCACAUUCAGGACUACCAGAACAGUGUGGGUGGGUCCCAGUCUCCGGGAGCGCACAACCCAGGGCAUGGACAGAACCCUGACUGGGAUGGCGAGUACUGCAACCGGGACUGUGGGCCCAACCACUGCAGCGGUGGCAUGGGAGCUGGGGACAAGCCUCUCUACCUCACUUGAACCUGAUGGACCUCCAAAAGUCAAGAGUCCAUGCAGUUUCCCAACAUCCAUCAACAACAACAUCAAUGUUUCUUUUUCCUCCAUCUUGUUUUUUCUGAAGGAUUAUUAAAUCCUUAAGACAGCUAAUACUUCACGUAUUUGCCAAGCACGUAGACUGGACAGGGGCCUUGCUUGCUUCUUUUUUCCAUGAACGUUUCAUUUUGUGGGCAACAUGGACCCUUUUAUGCUCGAAUGUGUGUAUCUAGCCACAGUCCCAUUCUUUUGUUUGGUUAUGUAAUUUUUGUGCGGGAUGGAUGUAGUGAUGGAAUACACACACUAAAUCUUAUAUUAUUGCUCUGUUUAAUGGUCUUGCUUCUAGCCUGAUAUCAGAACUGGGUGUGCUGUCUUUGCAUCUCCUAUCUUUACAAAGACCUUAUUCAUAAGUUGGCAAGAUGAUGCAAACAGAUCUGGUACCAGGUUAGCUCCUCUCAAAUGAAGAGAAAAACAAAGACUGUAAUUUAUUCAGUUUCCCAGUGGUUAUUUGGGGCUCUCUGAGAGAGAGUGUGUCUGCGUCUGAAAUAGUACUCUAUUCCCAAUCUAGGAGACAACUGUUGUCAAAGGAAGUAUGCUAGAUAUGGAAUAAAAAGCAAUUUUGGACACUGAGCCAUUUUGGACUGGUCUCAGGAUGUGACUGAACAGAUGAUGUCAUAGGUGAAACUUCUCCCUUAAUUUAAACCUCUCCUGGUCCAGUGGACCCCCUCCCCACUCCCAAACACCACUUGUACAGGUGAAUAAAAAAUAGCUAAAUGUGAAAUGUUACUUAAGAUAAAAGUGGGUUUUAAAGUUUUUGAAUAGUUUUAUUAGGUGUUUUAGAAUUGUGUUGGAUUCAACUUUAUUAUUUUUGUGAAGAAAAAUAUUAAUACAUUUAAUUUUAAAACAUUUGAGUUUUUCACUGUAGCACAAUUUAGAUUUCUAAGGAAUUGUCGCCAGGUAGAUAUUUAAUUUGAGUACCAACCUGCCAGAUGCAUUUCUUUUGUUCAUAAAGCCAGCAAUGAGGGAACCCAUUUUUUGUGGUUAAAUGAUGUUUUGCAGUAUGCUUAUUCUAUUUAAUUUGGUUUACAAAUUUUGCAUCUAUUUAUAAACGACAUGAACUGACAUUUAAGCUGGUUUUCAUCAGGAUGCAUAAUUAUUAUUAUUAUGAUUAUUAUUACAUGAUUGUCAUUAUCAUUUUAAUUAUUAUUAUUUGUUCAUCAAUUGUUGCUGGUUUUAUUGGCAUUUUGCCAGCACUGGUAAUUUUUUUUUGUCACAAUGAUUCCUUUGUUUUCUUUUGUCUCAAAUAAAAUGUUUUAACUGGGAAAAAAGGUGUGACUCAGCUUUUUUUAAUAAUUUGGGUCUUGCAUUUUUAUAUGGCAGGUCUAGCUCAUGGAAGGCUAGUUCUAACCAUUGUAUUAC